CCUAACCUCUCCCUUUUUGUUUUGACGUUUCGGGUGAACACGUGAACCUUAGAACAACAACAAAUAAACCCGAAAAAUAUUCAAUAAGUUCCAGCAGAAUGGCCGAAAUUAACAUCAACGCGAACCAUUUCGAACCGAAAGCGUCCAAACGACGUAACGAUUCCACGGGGGAUUCGAUGGAGGUGGACCCGCAAGGAAUCGAAGGCAAAAGCAAAAACCGACCCCCAAAAUCGAAAAGGGUAAAAACGAAAUCAUUCUCUGAAACCAAAGACGAUAUGCGUAAAAUCCCGGUGCCGUCGCACAGGUAUUCCCCCCUAAAAGAGAACUGGCUUAAGAUUUUCACGCCAAUCGUGGAGCAUUUACAGCUACAAGUACGAUUUAAUUUGAAGACUCGAAAUGUUGAAAUAAAGGCUUGCGAGGAGACUAAGGAUAUUGCAAAUUUGCAGAAAGCCGCCGAUUUCGUAAAAGCUUUCGUUUAUGGGUUCGAGGUAGAGGAUGCCCUGGCACUAUUAAGAUUAGACGACCUGUUUGUGGAAACAUUCGAGAUUAAAGAUGUAAAAACAUUGAAGGGGGAUCAUCAGUCGAGAGCUAUAGGACGGUUGGCUGGCAAGGGUGGUAGGACAAAGUUCACAAUAGAAAAUGUUACAAAAACUAGGAUAGUCUUGGCAGACAGUAAAAUUCACAUUUUGGGAAGUUUCCAGAAUAUUCAGUUGGCUAGGAGGGCAAUUUGCAAUCUGAUUUUGGGUUCACCCCCUUCAAAGGUUUAUGGACAACUAAGGAGCGUUGCCUCAAAAGUCUCUGAAAGGAUGUAAAUAAGUUGGUAAUAUCUGGUUUUGUAAAAAUAAAUUAUUUAAUAAUACAUAUUUAAGUUGUUUAA